AUGGACCUGCGAGCGCCGGCAGAGCUGCCUCCCCUUCCCUCCGCGCCCGCCAGCUGGCGUUUGACGCGGCCUGCCGGGAGCGAUGGGCAGGGCAGGGCAAGGCAGGGGCGACGGGGCUGGGCUGGGCUCCACGGGCCGGAGGAGGCGUCCGCGAGCGAGCCAAGCAGGCGGCGGACCCUGCGCUGCGCUGGGCUAGCCUGGACGGAGCGCGCCCUCGCCAGGAUGGGAGAGCCGGAGAUGGCCAGCACCGACCGUGCGCUCUUGGCACGUGCUCUGACCCAUCAUCCGCAGCCUGAGGAGGAGGAUGAGUCUCGCAGCCGGCUAGGAAAAGAGGGCAGCGCGAUUCGAUGCUCUGCAAGCCCCGCGCGGACUUCCUGCCUACGAGCCUAUACGGGGGAGGGGAAGAGCCACUUGGGCGCCUACCGUUCCCGGCAUGCCUCGCGGCCGGGUCUUCCCCUGCCGCCGCCCCCUUCCGGCGCCGCGCGGGCUGCCGGGAGUGGUAGUUCUGCCGGGGCCUGCUGUAACGGUUCGCCCAGCGGCGGCAGCAGCAGCUGCUGGCGGUGCCCGUCUUUCCCCUUCAGUCGGGCGGCGGCGCUUCUCCCCUUCGCACCUCCGCGGCCUUGCUCGCUCGCCGCCCCCCGCCGCUCCCGGGAGGGGAGGCUGGAGCCGAGGACCGGCCGGCCGGACGCAGACCGAGACGGCGCCCAGCCCCGCAGCGUCCUCACGUUUCCUACCAUGAAUCCCGUUUACAGCCCCGUUCAACCGGGGGCUCCCUACGGAAAUCCGAAGAACGUCACCUAUACAGGUAAAACGAUCUAUAAAAAUUACGCGUUGUCGGACGUCGGCAUGCUCCGGAGCCCCUGGCACAGGCAGAGAUGCCCAGCAAGGGUUUUCUCUGCUUCAGAACCAGGAUGCUAAGUUGUGCUACCUGUU